AUGGCGGCCACCACGGUGGCGGGUUUGGCGACGGUGGCCCAGCUGGCUUUGUACGUCCACGGGCUGGUCACGAAGAUCACCAGCGCGGCGGAGACAGCCCGGCAGAACAAGCUGGAGUGCCAGAACCUGGCGCGCCGCGUAUCCGUGAUCGGCGACCUGCUGGUGCAGCUGCAGGACCCGGGGGUGGCGCAACCGCUGGCCGGGCUGGGCGACACGCUCCAGGAGGCGCACGAUCUCGUCGUCGCUUGCCAGAAAUGGAGCGCCCGCCGGAAGUUCUUGUACGCCGACGACCAGGCUGAGAGGUUCAGGGAAGUCAACCGCAGGAUCGACUCCCACCUCAUCCUCAUCCCCUUGCUCAGCCACAUCUCCAUUGCCCGCCGCCUCGAUCAAAUCAUUCCGCCGAAUCCCACCAGCGUUCUUCUACCGGUGGCACCAACAAUGCCUGCGAUGGUCCAGUACGUGAGCUCAACGUAUGUACCUGUGGAGUUCGCGUCGUCGGAGAUCGUGUUCUUGACCGGAAACUUCGGCCAUGUGCUCAGCGAGGACGUCUCCGCAACGGUGUACAAGGGUCGGCUUCACGACGGCCUGGAGGUGGCGGUGAAGAGCCUGAAGAAUCACGGGCAGCAACGCCACGAACAAGAGGGCGCGUUCGUGGCGGAGCUCGAGACCAUCUGCCACCUCCGUCACGACCACGUCGUGCCCCUCGUGGGCUGGUGCGCGGAGGACGACGACCGCAUGUUCGUCUACCAGUACCAGCACACGAGCAACGGCACGCUCAGGGACCACCUGAUGCAGGGCGGAAGCGGCGGCUCUGUGUCGCCGGUGACGUCGUCGUGGAAGGCGCGUGUCCAGGCGCUGCUGGGCGCGUCGAUGGCCGUCGACCACCUGCACCGCGCCGCCGGGCCACGGAUCAUCCACCGCAACGUCAGCUCGUCCAGCAUCCUUCUGGACGAGAGCUGGGCGGCCCGCGUGUCCGGCUUCGGCGCGGCGGUUUUGCAAGAGCCGACGACAGGCGGCCAGCUCGUCGGGGAGGUCGCCGGCUUGUUCGGGUACAUCGAUCCGGAAUACCGCCGCACGCGGCUUGUGAGUACGGCGAGCGACGUGUACAGCUUCGGCGUGGUGAUGCUGGAGGUGCUGACCGGGAGGCCGCCUAGCUGGGAGGAGGGGAAGGACCCACAGACCUUGGCCGGCUUUGCUGCCCCGAUCAUAGAGGGUGGGAACCUGGGGUCUGUGCUGGACUGCCGCCCGUCGCCGGUGCAGAUGGAGGCGCUGAAUCUCGUGGCGUACACGGCAGCACGUUGUUUGUGGCCACAGCCACAGGACCGGCCCGCCAUGUCAAACGUGGUGACCAACCUCGAGGCAGCGCUCGGGCUCAUCGACAGCAGUGAGCCUAAGCGACACUAAUUAGAGGUAGCGAUGACUCGAUCGCCAAGACGUAAACUGCAUGCGUCAUAAAGAUACGUAGCUUUAGUUUG